UCAACAAACCAGGCAGCGAAAUGAAGCAACCAAAAGCACUUCACUUUAUUCUAGUUCCCUGUUGUUUUAUGUCUUCCGUUUAACGCUAGCUUCGUGUUUUGUUUUGUUUUUAAAACGACCUCUUAAAUGAAACUGUGUGCCUUUCAAAGGUCAACUGUCGGACGUACGUUGAAUCGUCAUUUAGCAGUUUUUGUUAGUGAGUUUGGUGAAAACGCUCAGAUUUACAAUGCGGAGUGACUCUCUUCUCUCAAGCAUCAAUGUGGUGCUUGUUAUGGCCUAUGGAAGUCUGGUGUUUGUUUUGCUGUUCAUCUUUGUCAAAAGACAAAUUAUGCGAUUUGCCAUGAAGUCUCGGAGAGGACCACAUGUUCCCCUUGGUCACAAUGCUCCUAAGGAGCUGAGACAAGAAAUUGAAGCCAAACUGUGCAUGGUUCAGAAAAUCCACUUUGAACCACGUCUGCUGUCUCCAGAUGAUGACCGGCUGAAGCAGUCUGGUUCUUAUGACUACCUGUACAGGAUGAGAGCACUGGAUGCCAUUAGAGACACCGAUCUCCCUUUCCGUGAACUGGGUGGGACGUCCACCGCUGUGACGGGUAAAAGACUUCGGACCUGGCUUCUACAGCUACGAAAUUCCCACUGCAUGUUCCGAGACAGCCUAAGCUCCCUCAUUGACACAGUGCUGGACGGGUACAAUAAGGCACGGCACGGGGCAGAGGCUUUUGGUGAAGCAGAAUUUUUGAAAUACCAGGAAGCUCUAACUGAACUGGCCUCUGUCGUCAAGGCCCAAAGCAGCAGCGGCAGCUCUCCGAGCCAGUACCACCAGUCUGCAGCCAAAGACCUGACCAGCACCACAGAGCCAGCAAGCUCCUCAUCCUCCCCCACCCAAACCACCUACCUCACGUCUUCAAUGCAGCAGCGCAGCAAGCGGCCCAGACACUUCCUGGAGCUGAAGAACUUCAAAGACAACUACAACACUCUGGACAGUUCGUUCUGAAAAAUCGGUGACACCCGUCCUAAAAGAAAGGUCAAGGACAAGGUAGUGCUGCCAGUGAUUAAAGUGCCUAUGGACAGUUUAGAGUGAAGUUAUAAAAACACUGCCCUCAUAUACUAACAUGUAUCGGCUGGUUUACAGUGAAUUGCAUAUCAGACUACUGGCACAGUGCUUUUUACCUAAGUGUAGCUUAUGCAUAUAUCCUGUAUUAAUGCAUGUAUGAGUGCUAUGGUUGGGUCGAAAAAUGGCUAUAAUAAGUGAUAGUAAGUAGGGUUGAUUUGACCAAAACAAAACCGGAGCUAAGGGGCUAUGCAAUGGCAUAAGACAAUCAGUAUUUAUUGCACAAUGUAAAGGCCUAUGCAGACUUGUUACAAAUACUGUAUUUAAACAUGCUAAUAGUUAACCAGUAUUAAUGGUUGCCUCACACUGAAACACACUGUUUAUGUCACUAAUGUUUACGUUUGUGUGUUUGUUUUUUUAGCCUUAAAUCUUCGUUUUACAGAAGCCAUACUUGAUUUAAUGAAUUUUUGAUUUUGCUUUUUUGAUUUAAUCAAUUCUUUCAGUGCAAUGUAAUUUAACAGUAUUUCAGUGCAUUAAUGCAUUCUGAAUUUGAGGUAUUGCAUCAGGGGAAGUCUUUUUUUGGCCCUCAGAUGUGCAAACUGUGUUUCAUUUGGUAUUCAGGAUUCCCAGGGAGGCAUUUUUUUUGCCUGAAUAAUUUUUUUUCUGUGGUGCUUAUUGUACAAGUUGCCAUCCAAAUAAAACAGUGACGGUCUAAA